AUGAUGCUGUAUUACAGGAGUGUUUAUUCAAGAGAAAAAUAUAUUUUACAAAAAUGGGGAUGUCUGUGGGAACAGUGGAGGCGACUGUUUACGACUCCACAAGAGAAACGUAACAGAACGAGAGAAUAUGAGGGUCGAAAAUUAAUCGGGUUUUCAAUGGAGCAAAUUUACACAGUCGUAGCUGAUAUCGAGAAUUACAAAAAAUUCGUGCCAUUUUGUAAAAAAUCAGACAUAUUAUGGCGUGGUGAUGAUGCUGUCAAUGCUAGUCUAUCAAUUGGAUUUCCACCCCUCAACGAGAGUUACACAUCACACGUUACAAUGCACAAACCCUACUUUGUCAAGGCUGUAUGUACAGAUGGUAAAUUAUUCAAUCACUUGAAUACUCUCUGGAUAUUCAGUCCAGGAUUGAAAAAUAAUGUCAACACAUGUGUCAUUGAUUUUUCCCUGUCAUUUGAAUUUAAAUCAGUGCUGCAUUCUCAACUGUCAAAUUUAUUCUUCAACGAGAUAGUGAGACAGAUGGAGAAUGCAUUUCUCGACGAGGCUCACAACAGAUAUGGUAGGCCAUGUAUCAAGACAGUCAGACUGGAAAGAUAGUCAAUAGAGUAUUGUUGAUUUUAAAUAAAUUCUCAUCACAUUCAGUGGAUAAAUUUCAA